AUGAGGACACUCUCCCUUGCUCUGGGCCAAAUCCCACCCCGAGCUCUCCAACUCCAACCCCAAGCUCUUCAACUCCCACCCCGGGCUCUCCAGCUCCCACCCCGGGCUCUCCAGCUCCCACCCCGGGCUCUCCAGCUCCCACCCCGGGCUCUCCAGCUCCCACCCCGAGCUCUCCAACUCCCACUCCGGGCUCUCCAACUCCCACCUCGGGCUCUUCAACUCCUACCCCGGGCUCUUCAACUCCCACCCCGGGCUCUUCAACUCCCACCCCGGGCUCUCCAACUCCCACACCGGGCUCUGCAACUCCCACCCCGGGCUCUUCAACUCCCAUCCUGGGCUCUCGAUCUCCAACCCUGGGCUCUCCAACUCCCACGCCAGGCUCUCCGCCUCCCAUCCCGGGCUUUUCAACUCCCACUCCGGGCUCUCCAACUUCCAGUCGAGCUCUCCAACUCUCACCCCGAGCUCUUCAACUCCCACUGGGCUCUCCAACUCCCACCCCGGGCUCUCCAACUCCCACCCGGGCUCUCCAGCUCCCACCCGAGCUCUCCAGCUCCCACCCCGGGCUCUCCAGCUCCAACACGGGCGCUGCAACGCCCACCCUGGUCUCUCCAACUCCCACCCAGGCUCUCCAAUGCUCACCCGAGCGCUUCAACUCCCACCCCGGGCUCUCCAACUCCCACCCGAGCUCUCCAACUCCCACCCCGGGCUCUCCAACUCUCACCCGAGCGCUUCAACUCCUACCCCGGGCUCUCCAUCUCCCACACUGGACUCUCCAACUCCCACCCCGAAUUCUCCAACUCCCAUGCGGGCCCUCCACUUCCCACCGGGAACUUCAACUCCCAACCGGGCUCUCCAAGUCCCAGCUGGGCUCUCGAGCUGCCACCCGAGCUCUCCAACUACCACCCGGCUCUCCAAUUCCAACUCGGGCUCUCCAACUCCCACCCGGGCUCUCCAACUCCCACCUGGGCUCUCCAACUCCCACGCCAGGCUCACCAACUCCCACCCCAAGAUCUCCAGCUCCCACCCGAGCUCUCCAACUCCCACCCCGGACUCUCCAACUCCUGGCCGGGCUCUCCAACAUCCUCCCGUGACCUCCAACUUCGCUCCCCUGGUCUCUCCAACCCCCACCCGAGCUCUCCAACUCCCAACCCAGGCUCUCCAACUCCCACCCGUGAUCUCCAACUUCAUCCCCCCCAUGCUCUCCAGCUCCCACCUGAGCUCUCCAGCUCCCACCCCGGGCUCUCCAGCUCCCACCCCGGGCUCUCCAACUCCCACCCGGGCUCUCCAACCCCCAGCCGAGCUCUCCAACUCUCACCCCGAGCUCUUCAACUCCCACCCGGGCUCUCCAAGACCCUACUGAAUUCUCCAACUCCCAUGCGGGCUCUCCACCUCCCACCGGCUCUUCAGCUCCCACCCGAGCUCUCCAACUCCAACCUGAGCUCUACAGCUCCCACCCGAGCUCUCCUACUCCCACCCUGGGCUCUCCAACUAUCACCUGAGCACUUCAACUCCCACCCCGGGCUCUCCAACUCCCUCCUGUGGUCUCCAACUUCGCUCCCCUGGGCUCUCCAAUCCCACCUGAGCUCUCCAACUCCCACCCGGGCUCUCCAACUCCCACUGGGCUCUCCAACUCCCACCCGAGCUCUCCAACACCAACCUGAGCUCUCCAACUCCCAGCCAGGCUGUCCAACUCCCACCUGGGCACUCCAACUCCCACCCGAGCUCUCCAGCUCACACUUAAGCUCUCCCGCUCCCACCCGGGCUCUCCAACUCACAGCUGGGCUCUCCAACUCCCACCCGAGCUCUCCAACUCCCACCCAAGCUCUCCAACUACCACCCAAGUUCUCCAACUCCCAACCAGGCUCUCCAGCUCACAGCCAGGCUCUCCAGCUCCCACCCGGGCUCUCCAGCUCCCAUCCGGGCUCUCCAGCUCCCACCCGGACUCUCCACCUUCCACCCGGACUCUCCAGCUCCCACCGGGCUCUCCAACUCCCACCUGGGCUCUCUAGCUCCUACCUGGGUUCCCCACCUCCCACCCGGGCUCUUCAGCUCCCAUCCGGGCUCUCCAGCUCCCACCCGGACUCUCCAGCUCCCACCGGGCUCUCCAACUCCCACCUGGACUCUCUAGCUCCUACCUGGGCUCCCCACCUCCCACCCGGACUCUCCAGCUCCCACCCAGACUCUCCGGUUCCCACCCGGGCUCUCUAA